UCACGCCGUCUUUUCUCCCCUCCAAAACCCUUCACCUCUCUGUCUCUCUCUCUCCAAACCUAUACUUCUCCUUCCCUGCCAAUACAGCAGUAUCCUAUAAUGUCGCUCUCCAGGAUUUCGUCUCGCUUCCCGAGAAUCGUAUCGGCUCAGUGCCGGAACUCCAUCGUAACCUCUAGCCGACACCGCCCACUUCCAGUCCCAUCCAAUCAAUUUCACUCACUUGGUGAAUCUCAUUAUAAGGUGGUUGGUGGCCAAGGUUCUCUAUUCCAUCACUCAUUGCCGAAUGCAUAUGCAUUUCAACGGUUUGGAUUCUCGUCAGUACCGUCUCCUAAAAAUCCCAAAAAGGUGAAAUCCCCGCCAGGCGAUGGAGGGAGUACAGUAGAAAACAGUGGUGCCACGGCGAAAGCAAGUGGAGAUGCUGAAGCUCCUCGGCAAAGAGAGGCGCCCGUUUAUGAAGCUCCUAUUCAGGACCAAAGUAAGCAAGAAAACAACACAGCACCUUUAGUGACUGCUAGUUCAAGAUGGAAUCCGACGCCGGAGCAAUUACAAGCGCUAGAGGAUAUGUAUGAAGGCGGAACACGCACCCCGACGGCUGACCAAAUCAAACUAAUAGCUGGAGAGCUUCGUCAGUUCGGUAAAAUCGAUGGGAAGAACGUGUUCUACUGGUUUCAGAAUCAUAGAGCUAGAGGACGCCAAAAACGCCGCCGCGAGCAUAGGGAAAGUCUUGAAAGUGAAGUACCAGAUUCGUCGAAGGAGUUGACCAUGGAGGAUCUAGUGAAACUUGUGACAGAGAAAGUAGAACCUCUAAGGGGGAAGCAUAAAGAGAUUGAACAAAUGCAAGACAAAGUUCUACGCACUUGUGCAGAUAUGGUGAAAUUUGUGACACAGAAGGAAGUACUUUUAAAGGUGAAGCAUAAAGACAUUGAAAAAAUGCAAGGCAAAGUUCUACGCACUUGUGCAGAUAUGGUGAAUGUGGCAGAAAAGGCAAGAGAUGAUGCAGAGCUCGCAGUAAUCAUGUCUAGUCUUGCAACUCUGGGUUUUAUUAUUAUUAGUUUAACAGCCCUGGAUUUCGUCUCGCUUCUCGAGAAUCUUAUUGGCUCAGUGCAGGAACUCCUUCGAAAUCUCCAGCCGUCACCACCCGCUUCCAGUUCCAUCCAAUCAAUUUCACUCACUUGUUUUAACGCAGGUGAGGGUUUUGCUAAGCUUUUAGGCUUCAAUCUGUAUCUUUUUGGUACUGAGGUGUAUGAGGACCUCAAUGACCAAGUUUCGAUUUUGCGGUGUUUUCCUUUCUCGUGA